CGCGCGAAAACAAAAUGGCGGUUCUGCAGCCGAGCUCCAGAUACAACGUGGCGGUCGUCUCUGAGAAAGCAGGGUUCUCCGGGCCCUGGGGUCGAAUUAGAAGGAGCUCAAAGACCUCUCUACUUGACCUGGGUCCUCCGCUCCGCGUGCUAGUAGGCGAAGAGGCGGAGGAGGACGAAGGAACAAGUAUCCAGUGUUUCACAGAACCGCAACGGUCACCAUUGGCCAAGUCUCGCCCGAAGAACGCACAGAAUGGAAGAGGCGAAGAAGGUUCUGCUGGUAAGAUGAAGAGGAACACGUCUGUGCCAGACCUGCACUCGGAUAUCUCACAUCAGAGAAAGAUGCGUCCCCGAUCAGUUGUUCCACAAUUGAACCCUCUUCUGGUAGCUGAUGUUACUAGUUCACGGCCUCCUGCCACUCACCAUCCUCCCCCUCUCCCUCCUUCCACAUCUCACCAUGCUCCCACAUCACACCAUUCUCACUCGCAAGCGAGUUCUGUGGAGCAUUCCCAGCAGGAUCUCCCCUCUUCCCAACCUCACCUCCCCGCUCCCCAACCUCCCGCAACUCACCCUCUUCCCACAUCUCACCACCCUCCUCCUCCUCCAUACUCAUCAGCAGUUACAAACCAAAUUCACCCUCCCGCCUUCUUUCGACCGCCCAAGAAGGAAGAAAUGAUCGUGAUGGAGGAGAGGAAAUAUCUGAAACUCGGCCUUCUUGGUAGAGGCGGAUCAAGCAAGGUGUUUAAAGUGGUCAACGAAGAUUUCGAGAUUUUUGCGCUGAAAGAAGUGUACCUCAAACACCUGGACGAGGCCGUCAAGAGAGCGUACGCGACCGAGAUGAACUUUCUGAAACUGCUGAGGAAUGUUCCGGAAGUUGCCACUCUCCAUUCCCGUAGCUGGGAUAAGGAGGAGGGAGUUCUCUCCCUACUGCUGGAGUACGGAGAGACUGACCUGGCAGCCAUCAUCAGAGACAUUGGACCUUCUCUCCCAACAGCUUCUUACUUCUGGGGCCACAUGUUGAGAAUACUGAAGAUCAUCCACGGCCAUGACAUAAUUCACAACGACCUGAAGCCGGAUAACUUCAUAUGUGUCCGUGGUCGACUGAAACUGAUUGAUUUCGGGAUAGCCAAUCGGAUCGAAGACGAGCACACCAGUGUCCACCGAGACCUGUGCUGUGGCACCAUCAGCUACAUGUCACCAGAGACAAUUGAGACUUCCGAAGACAACACGUUCUUCAAGGUGGGGAAACCAAGUGAUGUGUGGUCUCUGGGCUGCAUUCUGUACCAGAUGAUAUACGGCCACACCCCCUUCGAGCGUCUCAAGAAGCUACAGAGGAUCCAGGCAAUCACUGAUCCCAGACUCGAGAUAUCCUUCCCAGAUGUCGGACUCCCUGCUGCUCUUGACAUUAUGAAGAAAUGCCUGACAAGGAGCCCUAAAAAGAGGCCGACAGUUGAAGAACUGCUCCUCCACCCGUACACUCUAGGUCUAGGUCACUUGUAACACACAACCCAUCCACCUUCGUUCACCAGGCAAAUACUUAUAUCACUGAGAUUUUCAAAUACUCUGAGAAUUGAAUCACCUCAUUUUUGUCUGCCCUUGCCCAACACCUGACUCAUAACCGUCAAUAUUUCGACUUCUACAAUUUGUAGAUACGUCCAAUGCCAAUCUGUUGUAAUAAUAAUACCCACAGUGCCUCCAAUUUUAUUCUGCAACCAUCAUAACUUAUGAUCGAUUCAUUCAUGUUGAUGCAGCUGAGUUUGCAUAUAUACAAAUUGAAAAAAACCAUUUUUUUUUUGAGUCUGACUCUGAGCCCUGAAAUGCUGUGUGCAUAUUCCAGUUGUUGUG